ACCCAAAUGGGAGUAAACAUUUGGAAAGUGUGGAAGUGAAAGGCGCAGUUGGAGAAAUUUGAAGAGAAAAAUUGUUGCGGCAUAGAUAUUCCAGAUGUCUGUAGUAUGGCAGAGCCUUCGCUCUCAUUUUUGCCGCAAGAGAUUCUUGCCAAGCUAAGAGAUCUUGAAUUUGAAUUAGAGGAAGGUGACAUUACCCAAAAGGGAUUUGAAAAGAAAAAAGCAAGACUGUUAGCACCGUUUCAAAGAGCAGGACCUGAGAAAUAUAGACAAGAAUCACCAAGGCAAAGUGAUGAAGUUAGUCAGAGUUCUGGCCUACGAAAGGAGGCCAUUGAAAUGGCACUGGCCAAGAAACAGUCGGAUGAAACCGCUGGCCUCCCGGCACCUACGAAAAGGCAAUCGUUUGUUACCAAAAGGAAAACAGAAAAUGCUGAAAACAGACCUUCUUCGAGCUACAUGGUUCCAACCAGAUUUACAGAUACUCCAACUGGAACGCCAGUAGGCUCAGAGGAGGAUUUGGCACCGAGCGUUCAAACUCCACCAGUGCAGCAAAGAGGUUCAAGAUCCGUAGUCCACGUAACCGACGAAGGAACUCGAGACAGAAGAGAACGGGGAUUGUCAAAUGUCUCACGGACGAAGAGUAACGAAUUUGGAAAUAGAGCACCUCCUCCGGACGUGACGAUACCUCAAGGUGAUUCUUCAAAUUUUGGGAUGAAUACAAGACGGAGUGUGCAUAUGUCAUCGGUUAGAGUUAAGAGAAGUGAAGUUAUGAAUGGCAGCGGACGAGUAUCAGCGAAAAUACAACAAUUACUGAACACUUUAAAAAGGCCGAAGAAGAAGCCACUAGAACAGUACUUUGUUGAAGAAGAUGACCAGCUUGAAGUUAGCAAACCAGACCCAAAUGCACCAAAACCAGAGGGUACCUCUAGCAAGCCAGCAGUUGGAGAAAUGUUUUCGCUUCCAGAGAAUGUUCCUCAUGCUUUCACCGAAGCCAUUCGAAAAUACGGUUCAUCUAAUAAAGCGCCCGCAAUUUCGGUGAUCGACGUCAAUGGAAAAAUACUCUAUACACUGUUGUACGCAAAACUUCUUAGUCGUAGUCAAAAAGUAGCAUUUUCGCUUCUAAACAAAGUUGGAAGUCAUAGAGACGGGAAUAUCAUCUCUCAAGGAGACAGGGUUGCUCUUAUGUACAGUUAUGAUGACCCUGUCGGAUUCAUCUCUGCGUUUUACGGCUGUUUAAUUGCGGGUAUUGUCCCUGUGCCAAUCGAUCCACCUGUGAAAAAAGAGGAUGCCGGAUUGCAACAUGUUGGAUUUUUCUUGGGUAGCUGCAAUAUUUCCUGGGUGCUAACUUCCGAAAGUUGUCUGAGAAACCUGCCUAGAGACGAUUUAGGCCAUCCAAUUCAAUUUAAAGGCUGGCCUAGGCUUCAAUUUUUCGUCACUGAAAAUCUUGGUAGACCGGCAAGAGACUGGCACGUUCCUUUGUUAGGCAAGGAAAGGAAGGUUCCGGCAUACAUUGAGUAUUCGGAAGAUCGGGAUGGUAGUGCACUGGGCGUGGUUGUGUCUCGAGAAACCAUGAUUGCUCACACACAAAUGCUAAUCCAGGCUUGUCAGUAUGAUGAAGGCGACACUAUCGUCAGUGCUUUGGAUUACAAAAGGGGAGUCGGAUUAUGGCAUUCUGUUUGCGUUGGUGUCCUUUAUGGAAUGCACGUCAUUUAUGUCCCCCCGUCUGUCAUCCAACAAAGUCCUGCCAUGUGGAUGAUGAUGGCCAGCAAGUAUAAAGCUAGUGCAUGCCUUGUCACUUCAAAAGAAUUGCAUUGGAGCUUGCACGCCACAAGGGACCACAGAGAAGUCAAUUUUUCAAAUCUCAGGAUGCUGCUGCUAGCAGACCGAGCGAACCCUUGGUCACUUUCAGCUUGCGAUACGUUUCUGUCAGCCUUUGAAGGAAAAGGCCUGCGUCCAGAGGUCCUUUGUCCCUGCGCGUACUCCCCUGAAACACUGACCAUUGCAAUAAGAAGGACAAGCCGUGCUGACUGUGGCUCGAGCGGGCGUGGGAUAUUGUCGCUGACUGGGCUUAGUCAUGGCGUUGUUCGUGUUGACAAAGAAGGAUCCAUCACAGCGUUAAUUUUACAGGACUGUGGUCUGGUUGUUCCAGGAGCCAAAGUUUGUGUAUUGAAGUUAGAUGGAAGCAAUGAACUGUGCAAAGUUGAUGAGGUCGGUGAACUGUGCAUAUCAAGCAGAACGGUUGGUGAUGGCUAUUGGGGACUGCAUGGCAAAACAAAUCAAGUUUUCAACGUACGGCCUACAUUAGAAAAUGGAGAAACCGCGCCAGAUUCCUAUGUUUUAACAGGCCUUUUAGGAUUCCUUGGUCCCGGUGGACUCGUGUUUGUUUCGGGAACAUCAGAAGGCCUCAUGACUGUAAAAGGAAGAAAGCACAAUGCUGAAGACAUCAAAUCGACUGUUCUGGCUGUAGAUCCAAUUAAAUUUGUGCAUAAAGGAAGAAUAGCAGUGUUUUCAGCAACAAUUUUAAAAGAGGAGCGAAUAAUAGUGGUAGCUGAGCAAAAAGGGACUUGUACAGAGGAGGAGAGCUUCCUGUGGAUGAGUCACGUGCUUCCAGCUGUAGACGGGAUUCACGGAGUUGGUAUCUAUUGUCUAUGCCUAGUUGCGCAAGAUGGACUACCAAGGUAUAGCAGUGGCUCAAUUAGUGUACACGAAGCAAAACUGAGGUUUCUUGAAGGCUCUCUUCAUUCUGUGAAUGUUUUGAUGUGUCCACAUACAACUGUCACCAACCUUCCUAAACCACGACUAAAGGUUUCAGAGCCAGGACCUGCACAAACCAUGGUUGGGAAUCUGGUGAAAGGGGCCCGAAUGGCUUUUGCUGUUGGCAGGGAAAUCGGUGAAAAAGACGAAUCUGAUCUAGCGAAAAAGUACCAGUUUUUGUCAGAAAUAUUAAAAUGGAGGGCGCAAUCAUCACCUGAUCAUAACAUAUUCACACUUUUGAAUGCAAAGGCCCACGUUGCUGGUAAUUUAACCUGCCUCCAACUGCACAAGAGAGCGGAGAGAUUUGCUUAUUUGUGCAUUGAACAAGCGAAACUGAAGACCGGUGACCACGUUGCAUUACUUUACCCACCCGGGCUUGAUCUAAUUACAGCCGUUCUAGGAUGUCUAUACGUGGGUCUCAUCCCUGUUCCUAUUCGACCACCGAAUUUUCACAACGUAAUCACAACGUUACCAACCGUUAAAAUGAUCGUUGAAGUCAGCAAAUCAGUCGCCAUACUUACAACGCUACCACUUAUUAAGUUAUUGCGUACAAAAGAGGCUCAAACUGUAGUCGAGGCAAGGCAGUGGCCUGCUAUUAUUCCCACUGAAGAUCUACCGAAGAAGCGACUAUCGCCGGCGUAUAGGCCAGCCAGCUCGGAAAUGGUUGCGUACUUAGAUUUCAGUGUAUCAACGACUGGAAUGUUAGCUGGAGUUAAGGUUUCUCAUGGUGCUGUGACGUCGUUAUGCCGGGCUCAAAAGUUAGCAUGCGAGCUUUAUCCAUCGAGAGAGAUAGCAAUUUGUCUUGAUCCGUACUGUGGAUUUGGUUUCACAUUGUGGUGUCUUAGCAGUAUUUAUUCUGGUCAUCAUACAAUUUUAGUACCUCCCGUUGAGUUAGAAUCGUGUCCAAGUUUGUGGAUCCAAGCCAUAAGUCAAUAUAGAGUCAGAGACACAUUUUGUUCAUAUCCAGUCAUGGAGCUUUGUACAAAGCAUUUGGCUCCUCACAUUCCCACAAUGAAGAUGAAAGGGAUAAAUUUAUCAUUCUUGCGAACAUGCAUAGCCGUUGCAGAGGAGCGGCCUAGAAUUUCUUUGACGCAAACAUUUAGUGCUUUGUUUUCAUCCCUUGGUUUGUCGCAAAAUGCAGUCAGCACAUCGUUUGGGUCACGUGUUAACAUUGCGAUAAGCAUGCAGGAAGCGUCUCACCCGGAAGCGUCGAGUGUUUACAUUGACACCAGAUCACUCCGACACGACAGGAUCGCUCAAGUUGAAAGAGGAAGUCCUAACAGUUUGUGUUUGGUCGAAUCAGGAAGGAUUCUUCCUGGUGUCCGGGUUGUUAUUGCAAAUCCAGAAACCAAAGGCCAGUGUGGUGACUCAUCACUUGGAGAGAUCUUCGUGUCGUCAUCUCAUAACGGAUCAGGAUUUUUCAACGUGAAUGACGACGACCGAUUGACGCAAGAACACUUCAAUGUCUACCUUGCGACGGGGGACAUCGCAACCCCUUAUGCCAGAACCGGCUACUUGGGAUUUAUCAAACGAACCGACUUGACGCAAACAGACGGAGCCCCACACGAUGCUCUGUUUAUUGUCGGCUCCCUUGACGAAGCCCUUCUUAUCAAAGGACUGCGGUAUCACCCAAUUGAUAUCGAGGCUAGCGUUACGCGAUGCCACAAAGGAAUCAGUGAAUGUGCUGUUUUCACUUGGACCACUCUUCUGGUUGUUGUUGUGGAGCUGGAUGCUGAUGAAAAAGAGGCUCUUGAUGUUGUUCCCUUGGUAACGAACGUUGUACUUGAAGAUCAUCAGUUGAUAGUUGGGGUUGUUGUUGUAGUUGACCCAGCAGUAAUCCCCCUCAACAGUCGAGGUGAGAAGCAGCGAAUGCAUUUGCGUGAUAGUUUUUUGGAAGACAAAUUAGAUCCAAUUUAUGUCGCAUACCACUUGUAGCGUGUCGUAUCUUGUAUAUUCAAUUGUUUUAUUUACAAAUAAUAUUUUGUUAGAAAAUGACAAGGUAGGCCGCUAAAACAGACACUGAACUUUUGACCAGUUUUUGCAUUCGUUCUAAUUUAUUCACUGUAAUUAGUUACGCCAAAAUUAAAAGCAAACUAGUUCAUGUUGUAGUACUUACCUGCCUAACCCCAUUUUGUUUGGUUUCGCAAAUUCUUUCAGCUUUGUAAGAUGAAAAUUUUCUCAAGUCUUAUUUGCAUAAUCUUUUAAAGAUAAUAAUUCCAUCUUAAUGUGCUAAAACGUAAUAAAAUUUUAAAAUCCCAAAGUAUUAAACAUUUUCACAUUCGUUUUCACUUCACUUUUUCUUAGGCCCAUCAUGCUUGUGUGUUAUUUUUUUAGGUAGCUUAUUAAAAUUGCUAUUGUGUAUGUGAAUGAAAAAUAGUAAGUCAUUUCAAAAAGUGAAUGAAAAAUAGUUUUUGGUGUUUUUUCAUGCCUAAUAUAAUAACAUGUUAUUUUCCACGGCUGUUUUGAGAUGCUAUCAUUGAUAAUAUUAUCUUAUACAUUAUCAUAUUUAGUAUGAGCUAGUAAGAAGGGAAAUUAUUUACAAUUUUAUUCCCCUGCCUGCGUUAUUCCCAUGCCUACGUUUGUCAAAUUUAUACAUAAAAGAUUUUCAUGCUUCGUUUUAUCUGUUGUUAUAAAUUGAUAUGAAAGUUUAUUUCAAUUUCAAGAAAAAUUGUAAUUUUCACGUAGCUGUUUCAUUACCACGUGCAAAGAUGUAAUAUUUUGUAAAGAGCUGAAAUAAUAACUUUAUGGAAAUCUGGAUUACAGUGUUUGUGUGAGAAUUCAAUUUGUGAUUGGCGAACUCGUGUUUCUGACAUUAAGUUAUUGGAAAUGGAGGGGAACUAGCAUUUUUGACCAGAAAUUUUAGAGACAGUUCUAUUGUAAGCUUAGAAUGCAGCGCAGUUAGAACCUAUCAUAUCUUAUCACAAGCUGCAUCUCAAUUAAUUUUUUUCGACUGGUACUAUAAACCAAAAAUAUGAACUUACAAUUUAUCGUCUUCUGGAAAAUUCCUCGUGGGUAGGUCCCAAAGGUGGGCACGUCCCAAGGGUGGGUAGGUCUCGAGGAUGGGUAGGUCCCAAGAAAGCCUUUUUUAAUCAGAAGGAAAUUAUCACUUCAAAGAUGCAUUCGACUUACGAAACCAAAAGGGUUCUUAAUCUACCGGCUUAGACCCCUUGGGCACUUAAGGGGCAUCAUAGGACUCUCGGGUGUCCCUUCAGGUGACAAACCUAUGUAUGAAUAAUGUUUAAGAGUUUCAUAUUCAAAGUGCGAAUAAAGUUGCAAUAUGUUUAAAAAGUUCAUGGAUUAAUUGAGAAAACAGCAUUUUUUGUCGAUCAUGUUUUUUAUAUCUGUAAAAUGCAAUUGAUUUUUUCCAGCAUUGACUCGAAUUGUAUGAUUUCAUUGGUUAACUGUAUAAUUAUGGAUUCAAGAA